AUGGCACAGCAAGAAGUGGAUGAAGGUUUAAAAGGUGAGACUUCAGAACAACGAGAAGAGCGGGAGCGCACCCUCGCAGCGGCUUGGGAAGCGAUGUUGAUAGAAGAAAUGGAUGGCUCGAUGAACCCACCGCUCACACAGGAAGCACCUAUUGCCCCAAAAACUGGAGAGAAGGACGAUUUCCAAUCACGCAUCCGGAACACUAUGAACAAGCUCAAGGAGAGCGAGUCAGGCUUGAAGUCGUCAGAUCCGAGCAGUUCUGCUACUAGUACUGAUCCACUCGAGGCGCUUUUAUCCCAAUUCGGAGGGGAGGAUGAAGAGGAGAUGCAGGGUGUCCUGGAAGCUAUGAUGGGCCAGCUUAUGGGCAAGGACGUCUUGUACGAGCCCUUGAAAGAACUUUCGGACAAGUUCCCGGACUACCUCAAGGCCAAUGCAACUACAUUAACGUCCGAUGAUAAGUCGCGCUAUGAUGCGCAGAUUGUCUGCAUGAAACAACUCCUUGAAAUUUUCGAAUCGAAAGAUUACACUGACGAUGACGACAAGACGAGAACUAAAAUUGUCGACCUCAUGGGCGAGCUUCAAAGACACGGGUCUCCCCCGGAGGAAAUCAUGGGCCCAUUGCCCCCUGGAUUGAGCAUGGGCGCUGAUGGUAUGCCAAAUAUGCCAGAUAACUGUAUUAUCAGUUAA